AUGCCCGACACUAAUAAUAAUAAUGAGAGGAUUGAUAGCAAAAUCAAUGAUAAUAGUAGUGAUUAUUUAUUAACUGAUGAUUACGAUAACAGUGAAGAUACUAAUGAUUCAAUUGAUGACUACAAUAACCAUAACAAUAGUACCAAUUAUGAUGAUACCGGUGCCGAGGAAAGUGAUUUAAUAGGAACGGGCGAUGAUAUUGAUAAUAAUGAUGAUGAAGAAGAUACUGACUAUGAAGCCAAUGACGAGCCAACUGAAUGUUCACCGGCCGAUGCCCUGAGAGGUCUAAACAUUAGCCGACUAUUGCCCGUAGACUACGAAAGUCUAAAACAGGAGCCGAGAGUGAAAAUAGUUAAACAUUUUAAUGAAACGUGGGAUCGCUUUUUGAGGGCAUUCCGAUGGGAACAUCAGAUCUACGGGUUGAAAGAGUUUCGCGAUGUUUAUCAAUAUCUACGGGGAAUGGCCUACGAAUUGAGUUUCGAUAUACAACUGGAGCCCCAGUGUAUGGCUGCCGUCAGUCGGGUAUUGCAAGCGUUGAUUCGCGAAGAGAUCUGGGCUUUCAAAUUUUUCGACUCACAAUCGCAUCCCAUACCUACCGGUUUUUGGGGCGGUAUUAUCACAACAUUUGGCGAAUACGAUCAAUGUGUGGACAUCAAGAGCCCCGCGGAGGAAGAGGACAACAACAACAACAACAUGAUUGCUGGCCAAUACUGUUUGCUUCGGCUAAUAAUGCCCUAUCCUUUAAGGGAAACAUACGAUCCGACAUUUGAGAGCAAUGUUUUUGCAACACAAUUGAAGAAUUUUACCCGAAAAUAUGGUUUCGGUAAUUAUGCCGAAUUGAAUCCCAUAUUGAAAAUUACCGAAUACUUGAAUAUGAGAGACGGAAAGUUUUUCGAGUUCGGGAUCUGUAUUCCCGAUAAAUGCAAUCCACGGGAUAUUGAAAACGAGUUUAACCGAAUUUUAUAUCCAUUUUUGCGAAUACCUGUUGAGAUACCGGAGCGCACCUGUAUUAUCAAAGAUAGACCAUUAAAUUUGGACAGAUAUCAGAUAUUUGCUAUUUUUAUAUUUAUCACAUCAAUCAUAUUGGUAUCAUUGGGCACAUCAUACGAGUUAUACCAUAAAUACCUUAAAUGUCGACUACUGUCCAAACAACAUACCGUUCCGAAAAACAACAACGACAAACAACUACCGGUACUCAACAACAAACUGUUACUUUGUUUUUCAAUGAUAACAAAUACUAGACAAUUAUGUGCCAACAAAUCAAACACAAUAAAUCAAUUUGCAUCCAUCAAUACAACCAAACUAUUGGUAUCGGUAUGGCUUCUGGCAGCCCAUACCUACCUGUUUACAGCCCAUUCGUUUGUAUUGAAACGGUUCAACGAGUCGGUACCGUUACAAUUAUUUCAUGCCAAUCGCUAUGUGUUUGUUAGGGCCAAACAAUUGGCAAUCGACACGUUUAUGGUUGCAUCGCAGUGGUCCCAUUUGGCACGAGUGCGACCAAUAUUUUCAACCGGGCUGUCGGGAUACCAGUGUUUUAUUAUCUAAUUUUCUAUAUUACAGUAAUUUCAAUAUUUUGUUGGGAAAAUAUUUCUUU